GAACGGGUGCCUGUUAUUUAGGCGGUUCACCUAGAGUGUUCCAAGGAGACAUGCCCAGGCUUCACAAUCCUUUUUUAAAGUACAAGAAAGGGAGGCUCAGAGAAGUGGACUAGCAGGAUUAGGGUGGCACCUUGGGGUGUUUGCAGAGCCAGGCGACACCCAUCUCUGGAUCUCCUGUGCCCUUCCUUUGCCCCGGCUGGUCGCCACUUGGCUGCCACUCCUGAACUGGGUGCUGACAGUGCGUUUGGCUGAACUGCAGAAUUUUCUGCUCAUGUACAUAGCAGGGAUGUUCUUAAUAGGCCAGUAGGUUCCUUUCUAUCCGUUCUUUUCCCAAAGAAGAAGUUGACAUAAGAUAUAUUAAUUGAUUCCUGCCUUAUCCAUAAAAUUAGUGCAAAAUUUACCUGCCACACAGGGUCUUUGUGAAGAGUAAGAGUCGAUUUUAAAAAUCUAUAAGCAUUGUUCCUGGCACAUAGUAGAUGCUUAAUAAAUGUCAGUAAUUGUGAAAAAAAAUCAUCUGAGUAGACAGUAGAAUUGGCUAACCCUGGUUAUUUACCAAAAGAGAAGGAAAAAAAAACGUUGAAAAAUCAUAGAAUUGAGUUACCUUGCUUAGAGGGAAGAUAGGAACACAGUUGCCAAAGCAAAGAUUAAUGCAUGGAUCAUUCCAUAAGAGCCUGUUUAAAUCCACUUGGUCACAAGGAAUUCUGUUUCCUUCUUUCUUUCCAAAGAGGCCUGCCUGUGGUCACACCAGACAGUACACAUUUCUCUUAUACGGCUUACAUUUUCACUCUGUGCAUUUUUCCCCUCACCAGCUCACCUAUCAGUUCACCUGCUUCCCCUUUUACUCACUCACCACAAGCUUUGUACAUACAACCUAGUGCCCCCUGGCAGGCAGAACUCCAUUGUUUAGAUCAGGGUGUGUUGCUGGGCACCGUGGCGCAAGCUUGUGAUCCCAGUGGCUCAGGAGGCUGAGGCAGGAGGAUCUAGAGUUCAAAGCCAGCCUUGGCAAAAGUGAGGCGCUAAGCAACUCACUGAGACCCUGUCUCUAAGUAAAAUACAAAAUGGGGUUGGGGAUGUGGCUCAGUGGUCGAGUGCCCCUGAGUUCAAUCCCCAGUACCAAAAAAAAAAAAAAAAGAUCAGGAUGUGUUAAGUCAUUUAUUAGUAUCUUUGUCUGGUUUCAUCCUUGACAAAGGAGGUUGAGAAGCUGAGUCCCACAGAACUUAAUAUGGUAAAGUCCAGUGCUUGCAGUUUUCUGGGGAAUGUUUAUGUUGGUGAUUCUAGUCUGGUAUAUGUGGAGAGCAACUAGCAGUAUGUGAUCAAGAUUUUGCUUUGGGAAUCCCAGUUUUGAAAACAAUCUGAUAAGCGAACCAACAUUUUUUUGACCAGUGAACAUAAUUUGACAAACCCAUUCCUGUCCUUCCUUCAAGCAAAAUUUAAACCAUUUUGAUCCAUAGAAAUGUGCUUAAAAAUAAGCCUUAACCUAAAAAGUAAAACGGGGUAUACAGUAACUAUUAUGUUCUAAAAAAUAUGUGAGGACAUAGAUAAGAUCAGGAGGAAGUUAGGGAUGUAAGAAGCUUUUUAGUCAGAGGGUUGUUUUCCCCUAAACUUGUGUUUUAGUUCAUUGCCAUUUUAGAAUUCAAAAGCACAAGGGCACAGUAAUGUGGUAGGGUACGAUGAUGAGUCUUGCUUCACCUCCUCCCUCCCUUGGCCAGCCCGUUCUCCCGAUUGCCUCUCAGAAUAGAAGCCACGUCCCAGGUGCAAACCCUGCUUCAUGUCUUAGAUUCCAUCCCUGAUCCACUGGAGUCCUCACAGCCCAGCUCAGGUUGCAACCCCAGUCCUCUCAGUUGUCUUGGGGCCCCACCACACUCAGCCUGUCACCUGCCUGUGCACACACUGAGCCCUUUGUCUACCUGGUUUCCCAAUCCCUGUGAGGCCCAGACCCGCUGCAGCGCCUGGGAAGAACUCCAUUGUUCCCAGUGCAGGUCAGGCUAGCAGUGGCCCCUUCCCCUUUCUUUUGGCUGUCUGGGACUGCAGUGGGCAUGUGGCACUGGUUGCUUACCCACUUGCCUCUGCGUUAAACACCUCUCUCCGGGUGCCCAGUGCACUCCAUGAGUGGGGUUGAGGCUCCUUGUGGAGCUGAGUAUGCACCAAAUCAUUCACUUUUCUGAGCCUGAGUUCCUUGAGCUGUAGCUGUGGGAAUAAAGCCAACUGUGCAGUCAUUGUGAGCAGUAGUAAGAAAGAUUGUAAGUAAAGGGUUUGGCAUGGGCUCCCAGCAGGGGUGGCCCCUCAGGAUGUGGUAGGUGCCAUCAGGAGUGCCAGGACAUUCUUGAGGCCUUUCCUGUGGUCUUUUUGGUGAGGCCUCCUCCAGUCUUUCCACCUGCGGGAUUGUUCUCUGCCACCCUUGCUUUACUUUCUCCGUUGCUUCCUCCGGGUUCAGCAACUGCCUUACCUUGGCCCACUGUACUGGAGGGAACUCUCUGUUAGGAGCUCCUAUAUCCCUAAGUGCCUCAGUCUGGCUGGGCACAAAAUAACCAAGCCGCCAGGAGGCACUUGUAGGUUCAAACAGGAACUACUUUAUUGCCCAAACUCCCCACGCGGCCCUUCCAGGAACACCACACACCAAGCCGGAACUCCCGCUACUGGAACUUCACCAACCAACCAACCUGAACUCCUCAGGAAUCCCCGGGAGAACUCUGAAGUAUCAGGCGCGCCCGAGGCGGACAGCAGGGGUCUAUAUACAAUUGAAGACACAGCUUAACUUAACCAUCAUCAUCUCAAUGGCUCGCUGGUGUCACCUCUCAACCACUCCCUCUGGCAAAAUGCCAGGUGCCACCCCGACUCAGAUGUGGCCCUCAACACCUAAGCACUUAGUCCUUCUUGAUUGAGAAAAGGUGCUCAGUAAAUGUUUAAAAGCAUUUCAGAUUCUAUCAGGUUUCUGGGCCCUGUAUGAAACACAUACAGUUGGCAGGGUGGGGGGGUAGUCUUUUUAAAAAGGAAAUAUAAAGUUGCAAAUAAAAAUUAGUCUAGAAAAUAUGCAUUGUUUAGCAUGAGAAAAAAUACAUUAGUACAGUUUUGAAAAAGCUGACCAGUAAUACAGAUAUAAUUGAGAAAAGUGACGUGUCUGAUAGUUAACUGAUGUAUUUCUAUGAUACUUUUUUCUGGGCUCCGGGUUACUAGUUGCCUUUUUGUAUGACAGUGAGAAAACAGAUUUCAUUGACUCCUCCAACAGAGUUGAUGAGUUUUUAUUAUUGUUAGGAUGCAUAAGGCAUUAUUUCAUAUAUAGAACAUUUGUUUUUUGUGGUAACUUCUAAAGUCUUGAGUUCCAGAAACAUAGUUGAUUCAAUUUAUUUUCCACAAUUUCAUUGAAGAAAAAAAAUGCACAUCCAAGACGUAGUACUGGUAAUUGUACAUCAAAGACCGCUGUUUUGCCCACGGAGAACUGACGUGUAUGCUACAGUUCACUUGGAGGAGGGUGAUGUCCACAGAUGAGCAUCUGGCUCCUGCAUUCAGUCCACCCAGGCUUCUUUUCCCUGCCCAUGCACUUCUCCUGCCAGUUGCCAUCGGGCCCAUUUCAUGUCACCUCAGGACCCCUGGCCUUGCACCAUGUCAUGAAGCCCUGGUAGUAUGCGGGGUGAUAGCAGUAUCCUUGGUUGUUAAGGUCUGGAUGUGAGGUGUUCCCCGAAAGUGCCUGUAUGUGUGGGGGAAUAUUCAGGGGUGAAUGAUUAAGAAGUAAGAGCUCGAAUCUGAUCAGUCCAUCCUAAUUUGAAUGGACUGAGGGGUGACUGUGGGCAGGCAGGGCUUGGCCAAAGGAGGUGGGUCACUAGAGGCUGCCCUAAAGGGCUCGCCUUUCCUACAGCUCCUCCCCCUUUUUCUAUGCUCCCUGACUGCCUUGAGCAGAGCAGCACCCUUCUACCAUGUUUUUCUGCCUCCCCUUGGGCCCAGAGCCAUCGAGUUGGCCCACCAUCUGCUAAACCUCUGAAACUCAACCAAACUGAACAUUUCCUCCUCUAAGUCACCCUUGUCAAGUGUCUUGGUCAUAGCAACAAAAAGUUCAUGCACUGGUAAUCCCUUAGAUGUGCACAGAGGUCACUGCGUACAGCAUAAAUGUGCUCCCCCUCAGUGUGCCCUUAGCUGGACCUUAGGAAUGCCAACCUCCCCUGCAGACUACCUGGCAUACAGGGAAGAGGGACAAAGGCAGCUGCGAGUGACUGAUGGCAGUCAGCGUGACUGCAGUGGAGCUUGACUCAGGGCCUCCCCAAGACCUCGGGGGAGCCUAUGUGUGAAGCCUGGGACCCAAACCAGACUGGCCUUGUACUCAGAUGCCUGUGCUUGAAGCCAGGUAGCCCAGUGUGGUUUGGAAUGAUGGCACGUAUUGCAUCUUAGAGCAUCCAGUGAGAAUAUGUUUCAGAAAAGGGGUGUGAUUUUAGAAAUAGUUUAAAGUAUGAGGCUUUACUAAAUCUACUCCCUCUAUCAUUACAAUUCUAGUUUCUUCAGUAGUAGUUAAUAAGAGGUAUGUUGAAUGGGAACAAGUCCUACUGUCUGAGUGUUACAGACAUGGUGGUUACUCUUGCUUCCCCUGGAAGGUAGGCAGGAGCAUGAUGUAGGUAGCACCCCUCAGUUUAGACUUGAAGCCACGUGCUACCAGCAUCUGCAAGAAGGCAUCUGGCUUCAAGUAACAGACUUAUCACUUGUCACGUUUCUCAUGACUCAAACACUCAGGGUCACUCCUGAUGAACUGGGCUGCACAAAAUAACCACACAAAAGACAGAGAUACCUUUGGGUCCUGGGACAGCUCCUCUGACCUUAGGGGUCCAUGGAAAGAGAGAGAGAGUGUGAGAGAGCAUGUGCUGAACCCUUUUAUUGGGGAGAAGCCAUUCAAAUGAGGCCAGGGGUCAGGUUUCAGGGGGUUGAGUCUAGCUUCAUGAUGUCUGCUGUCAGCAGGUCAACUGACAUCUGGGAAGGCCACACCCGUCUCAUGAGCUGUGUGGGGAUUGAUCAUGGCAGAGCAAGCGAAAAGACCAGAGCGAGGCCCGGCGACGCUGGUUCAGUCCACCCUGUGCGCUCAGUGCCCACAGUUCACACACACACACAGUGGUGAAGGGGUGCUCGGUUCCCCUGUGGCAGCUUCCAACCAUCACUGAAGGCAAUUGGAAGAGAAAAUUGGGAAGAAGGAAGCAAAAUCCCCUUCUUCCGUCUUCCAGUGACCACCACCAUGAACACGUCUUAAAAUGCAUGUGGGUGGGAGGCACCCUCUGCCCUGCCCUCCCAGUGACGAGCCCUGACUCCUGGACUUGUGGGGAGCAGCACUGCAGAAGGCUGACCUCAUAGUGAGCUCCAGUCCUCCUCCACAUGCCCUGGCUGGGACUCAGGCUGUGAGGACUGGGAAGGCUGCAGGGAAGACUUCCAGCCGAGCAGGUGGGAGAAAGCCACGUUUCCCUCCUCUUCCGGGCCUCCUGCCAGCAGGCCACUUGUCUUAUAGAACCACCACACUCUGGGUUACCUGGAAGAACACCCAUUCCUUAGGGUGUCUCACUGUCCAUGGGAACUGAGGUCGCUGAACUUUAAGGCCACAAGAGCAUUUUCUUCAUUUUUGACAGAGGAGGAAUGGGGGAGAUAGAAGGAACGUACAGAGUCCUGCAGUCUGCAGGGAUACGCUUGAGCACCCAGACCCCCAUGGGAGUGAGCACCCUCGAACCAGGGCAGACGUUGUCACCCAGAAUGCAGGAGAAGCACCUGCACAUCAGAGUCAAGCUGCUGGACAACACUGUGGAGAUAUUUGACACUGAGGUGAAGUGCAGCAGGGCCACCUGCGCCUCGUGUGAGAGCUGUAGCCUUGUGCCAGUUUUCCAGACCGUCCCUGUCCCCUGGCCCUCAGGCUCUUCUCGCCUCUCCGCAGCCCAAGUGUGCCGGCCAGCUCUUGCUGAUGCAGGUGUGGAAGCGCUUGAACCUGAUCGAGUGCGACUACUUCGGGUUGGAGUUUCAGAACGUCCAGUCCCACUGGAUCUGGCUUGAACCUAUGAAACCCAUCAUUAGGCAAGUACGAAGACCAAAGAAUGCAGUGCUUCGCCUAGCUGUGAAAUUCUUCCCACCUGAUCCUGGUCAGUUGCAAGAAGAAUAUACAAGGUACUUGUUUGCCUUGCAACUCAAGAGAGACCUCCAGGAAGAGCGCUUGGCCUGCACUGCCACCACAGCGGCCCUGCUCACAUCCCAUCUCCUGCAGGCGGAAAUAGGAGAUUACGAUGAAACCCUGGAUCGAGAACACCUCAAGGCCCACGAGUACUUGCCUAGCCAGGAGUGCUGCCUCGAGAAGAUCCUGGACUUCCAUCAGAGGCACAUGGGCCAGACGCCUGCUGAGUCGGAUUUCCAGGUGCUGGAGAUUGCUCGCAAGCUGGAGAUGUAUGGUAUCAGAUUCCACACAGCUUCCGACAGGGAGGGGACCAAGAUUAACCUGGCAGUGUCGCACAUGGGUGUCCUGGUGUUCCAGGGAACCACCAAAAUCAACACCUUCAACUGGUCCAAGGUCCGUAAACUGAGCUUUAAGAGGAAACGGUUUCUUAUCAAACUCCACCCGGAGGUCCAUGGACCCUACCAGGACACAUUAGAAUUCUUGUUGGGGAGCAGAGAUGAGUGUAAGAACUUCUGGAAGAUCUGUGUGGAGUACCACACCUUUUUUAGACUUCUUGACCAGCCCAAGCCAAAGGCAAAAGCUGUCUUCUUCAGCCGGGGCUCCUCCUUCCGAUACAGUGGGAGAACUCAGAAGCAGCUGGCAGAAUACGUCCGAGACGGUGGGGUGAGGAGAACGCCAUAUGAAAGAUGGUACAGCAAGACCCAGGCAUCCCUCCGUGCUCUGACUGCAGACCUGCCAAAACAGAGCAUCUCAUUGGCCGAGGGCUUGAGGACUUCUGCCUCCCUGUCUCCAGCAAAUGUCUCCUUGGGUCCAUUCCCCUCCUCCCCGGGGUCCCCUCCUGGCCUGCCCAGCUUCGAGGACAGCAGCAGCCCCCUUGUAGACCCCCCAGCUCCCGACGCCAAACGUGCAGCCUCCGAGCGGAGCCGCAGAGCAGCAGCUGGAAGCCCCGGCCUGCCCUCAGCCCCCCCGCCCGGGCCCCCCGAGCCCCAGCUGGUUCCAGGCCUUUCUGUGGACGGUGCUCAGCCUUCUUCCUCCAGCCAGAGGAGCCCCCCGAGCCUGCACCCCCUACUGCAGGUCACUCUGGGCCCAGCCGAGCAGGGCUUGGGCCCCCUCCUGAGCCCUGCCCUCAGUGAGGCUGCUGGAGCCCAGACACAGGACCAGGAGGAACCUCUGCACAAGCUCAUGCCAGAAGACGAGGCCUAUUUCAUAGCCAAGGAGAUUCUUGCUACAGAACGGACGUAUCUGAAGGAUCUAGAAGUGCUCACUGUGUGGUUCCGCAGUGCUGUGGCCAAGGAGGGUGCCAUGCCCGCGGCCCUGAUGACCCUGCUCUUCUCCAGCAUCGACCCCGUCUACAAGUUCCACAGAGGCUUCCUGCGCGAGGUGGAGCACAGGCUGGCACUCUGGGAGGUUCCCCCCAGCACCCACACGCGAGGUGACCACCAGCGCAUCGGAGACAUCCUGCUUCCGGCCAUGCGCCAGCUAAAGGAGCUCACCAGCUACUUCCAAAGGCACGACGAGGUCCUGACAGAACUGGACAAGGCCACCAAGCGCUGCAGGAAGCUGGAGCUGCUCUACAAAGAGUUCGAGCUCCAGAAGGUCUGCUACCUGCCUCUCAGCGCGUUCCUGCUGAAGCCCCUCCAGCGGCUGGUGCGCUACCGCCUGCUGCUGAGCCGCCUGUGCCAGCACCACCCACCCGGGCACCGGGAUCAUGCCGACUGCCGCGACGCCUUGAAGGCCAUUACAGAGGUGACCACCGCGCUCCAGCACAGCCUCACCCGCCUGGAGAACCUGCAGAAGCUGAUGGAGCUGCAGCGGGAGCUGGUGGGCGUGGACAGUCUCGUCGCCCCCGGGAGGGAGUUCAUCCGGGAGGGCUGCCUGCACAAGCUCACCAAGAAGGGCCUGCAGCAGAGGAUGUUCUUCCUGUCCUUGUCUAAGGCUUCCUGUCCUCAGUUCUCAGAUGUGUUGCUGUACACAAGCAAGAGUGUAGCAGGGACCAGCCACUUCCGGAUCCGGGGUCUCCUUCCACUCCGCGGCAUGCUGCUGAUAGUGCUGGACCCACCGGUGGAGAGCGAGAGCGAAUGGGCAGCUCCUCACUGCUUCACCAUUUAUGCAGCACAGAAGACAGUUGUGGUGGCAGCCAGCACGCGUCAGGAAAGGGAGAAGUGGAUGCUGGACCUGAAUGCUGCCAUUCAAGCAGCCAGGAGCAGCAGCACCCCGUCCCCGGAGCUGCCAGGGGGCAUCUUGUGCACGCAAGCCCCCAGGUCCUCUGAUGAGACCUCACUGGAGCAGGAGUCUGAAGAUGAUGCCCGGGGGACCCGAGGCUCCCUGGAGGGGCAGGUCCAGCACCGGGCCAACACCAUGAUGCACGUGUGCUGGUAUCGGAACACGAGUGUGUCCAGGGCUGACCACAGUGCCGCUGUCGAGAAUCAACUUUCAGGGUAUCUGCUGAGAAAGUUCAAAAACGGUGAUGGCUGGCAGAAGCUCUGGGUGGUCUUCACCAACUUCUGUUUGUUCUUUUAUAAGACUCAUCAGGACGACCACCCCCUGGCCAGCCUCCCUCUGCUGGGCUAUAGUGUGAGUGUCGCCCCGGAGGUUGAUGGCAUCCACAAAGACUACGUUUUCAAGCUGCAGUUCAAGUCCCACGUCUACUUCUUCCGGGCUGAGAGCAAGUAUACAUUUGAGAGGUGGAUGGAGGUGAUCCAGAGGGCCGGCACCUCACCUGGGCGGCCUCCAAGAUUCCCGCAGGACUGUCCAUAUGCUGCUGCCUCAGGGUCUGAAGGGGCAGUCAGGGAGGGGGAAGAGUGAACCCAUCUGGCCUGGACCAGGACCUGCUGUGGAAGGCUGUGGACAGCAGACCCAGCUGGGGCCCCAGAGCUUCCUGCCAGACAGGAGGCAGCACCAACAGCACUGGAGGCCUCAGUGACCCCCUGGCUUUUCCCCUCACAAUGCAGUGCAGGCCAGUGGAUGGCUGGGAAACAGAUGUCUCCAUCUCAUAGCUUCUCAAAAGGGACACAGAACCCUGCUUGGAGUGUGGGGCAGGGCCCCAUCUGAGGGCAGGCCUUGAACAACCAGCAGACAGCCCCACACAUGCCUGCAGGCCCUGCAGAGGCCCCAGGCUGGCCCAGGGGUCCCUGCAAGGCUAGUCUAGCAGAGCUGACCAGUCUCUACUCCAUGGGCCUCUGGAACAGCAGAGCUGAGCCCCUGGCCCGGGAGGAGUCACAUGCCACCUGUUAACUUCUGUGACUGAAGAUAAACAGCAUCUUCUCACCC